GAAAUAAGUUCAUUUCUAAUGGCAGAAGGAAACAAAAGAUACCUGAACCUGUUGUUAUGUCAGAGGAAGAAGAGGAAGAAGAAGACGAAGAUGUUGAAGACGAAUCUGUUACUCGAUGCGUUUGUGGCGAAUCACGUAAAACAAACAUGACAACAAAGUGUACAAUAGAAAGAAAUUAACAUUUCUUAUAGAUAGCAUGGGCCUUAUGGUGUGUUGUGAUCAAUGUGAAGUAUGGCAACAUUGUGAAUGUAUGGGAUUAGACGAAGACGAAAUUCCUGAACAAUACUUUUGUGAGCAAUGUAGACCUUCUGAUCAUGUAGAAAUUAAAGGUUACGAUAAUAAAACGCGUAGAUACUACAAACCUUCUAGCACAACUAACUCCUUACCUAAUACAACUGAAAAAUUAACUCAGGCUUCUAUUUCUCUGGAAGAAGUGCUAGCUUUUAGAAAUGCAAUUGAACAAUCAAAAAGUUAUGAUGAGACAUCUAAAUCGACUAAUUCAAAAGCCAAACAUAAUACAAAAGAAAAUCCAACAUUGGAUCGUGAUAUACAACAGCUUCAAGCCACAAAACAAACUCGACCUAAAAGAAGUGAACAUUCCAAGAAAUCAGAUGACCAACAGAAAUCACCUAGAAAUAAUCAUAAAGAAAAAAAGACCCGUCAACGUUCAAACAAUGCCCCACGCCAAUACUGUGCCAAUCAAUUAUUUGAGCAUUUUUCAUCAACCGCCCGUGCCUCUUCUCCUCCUGCUAAAGUUCGUUACCCUUCACAUAAAAUGUCUAUUCAAGAAAUGACCCGACUUGAGAUGGCAAGUGGUAAACGUAAUCAUCGUCUUAUUCAAGAUAAUGAUGAUGAUACUAAUGAAGAAGAUGAUGCAGACGAAUUUAGUCAUCAACAAAAGCGUCGACAAUUAUUAGACGCCCGUAUAAGUGAAGCCAUGACAAAAGCUGCAUUAGAGUUAGAUAAAGAAGAAGAAGAAAAAAAUUUAGCAAUAGCCAAUAACAAAGGUCGUCGACCCACACCUAUCUUAAUACCUGGUCAUAAUAAUAAUAAUGAUACCUUAUCAUCACCUACUUCCUCACUUAGUAGUGCAAAAAAGGGAGUUGCAGAAGAAGUUUUGGAACGAAUAAGAGGGGAAACGAUAGUUGAUAAAAAUGAACAAACGUCAAUAGAGAUUAUGGAUUUACUAACAAAAGAAGUCAUUAUUUUCCAAAGACGAUUUGGUUCCUUUAGUUAUAAUAAUGGUCAUGCCAACAAUCAUAUACAAGAGGAUGAUGAAAGUGAUGGACCUGUUACAAGAAGUAGUAGUCAACAGAAUCGAUAUUUGAUGGAUCGGUGGUAAACUAUUAUUUCAGCUUUAUUAUUUAUAUACUAUAUACGUACGUACAUAUAUCCAUUUCCUUUUUUUUUAUUGUUUUAUUAUUUUUAUUUUAUUUUUUCAUAUCAAUGCACAUAAGCUCUUCAUUUUAUAUAUAUUCUAUAUCCUGUAAGCACAUAAUAAUUCCUUUGUAAGUGUGUUUGUACAUCUAAUAAAAGUUUGCAUCAGGAUUUAUGCCUUCCUUUACUAUUAAAAUAUAAAUACAUGUUUAUUUAUAAUGUAUUCACUUGGGGAUGGCUAGUAGUAUUUAUUUUGUCUUGCUAUUUAAAUAUGUGUAUAUUUGUAUAUUAAUUGACAACAUUCAUGUUUAUCAAAUAGAGUAGAACUACAGCAUUUGAGUUUAAAAUAAUGGAGUGGGAUAGAUAAAUGAUACAAU